AUGUCUCCCCUCAUUAUGAGGCUAGAUAAACGUAUUAUAGGAGGUAAACAGAAAAUAAAAAUUGGAAAUUUUGAUUUUGAGGAAGUAGAUACAUUCAAGUACUUAGGAACAACCUUAAGUAGUGACGGAAAUAAAGAGGCAGAAGUCAAAGAAAAAAUAACAGCAGCUAACAGGGCAUAUUACGCUAACAAAAAACUACUGCAAAACAAAAUACUAGGAAAAAGUACAAAAAUGAGAAUAUAUAAAACAGUUAUUAGACCGGUCAUGAUGUAUGCUGCAGAAACUAUGACUAUGACAAAAAAGCAAGAAGAAGACUUAAGAAUUGUUGAGAGAAAAAUAUUAAGAACAAUAUUAGGACCAGAAGCUAGUUGGGUCAUUGCACCAUUACAAAAUGAUAUCAUUAUCGGUUCUUGGAAAUUGAGGGUUUCUCCAACGUAUUAA